AUGUCUGAUCUCAAUCCUAAGAGCAAGACACUGGACUUUGGCGGCUCGGUUGGUGCCCUAAUAUUGACCAUCUUCCUUCCCCUAGUAGUCCUUGGUCUUUACCUAUGCAGUAACCAGCAAUAUCAUUUAGAUGGCGUGAAUCUUGAUUCCGAAAAGAUCAUAGAGAUUGUAAAAUCCGAAUUGAUCGAUAAUUGGGCCAACUACUUUUGCAACAAGACAUGUUGGAUUGCAUAUUUAUGUUGGUUUUUCGGUCUAGCUAUUUUGGAUCUUAUCAUUCCUGGGACAUGGAAGCAAGGGGUUGAAAUGAGAGAUGGCACCAAAUUAUGGUACUUGAUCAACGGCAAAGAACUCAGUUUAGCCUUAUUUGCUUUGCUAUUUAGCAGAACGUGGUUCACUGGCAGCGGAUUUACAUUACCCGAACUUUCCUUUCUAUACGAUAACACGUUACCGCUUAUGAUCACUACAUGGGAGUUCUCCCUAUGUUUAGCCACUUUAUGUUACAUCUUGUCAUUUGUUCCGUUAUUCAGUCCAAAUGGAAAGGGAACAAGGGAACGAAUUUUGGCGUUGGGUGGUAAUUCUGGUCAGCCAUUGUUCGACUGGUUUAUCGGCCGUGAAUUGAACCCAAGAAUAGGUCUUUGGGAUAUCAAGCUUUACUGUGAGUUGAGACCUGGAAUGCUGCUAUGGUUCCUUUUGAAUUUGUCAUGCCUUCAACAGCAGUACCAAAAACUUGGAUAUGUGACCAACUCUAUGUUUUUGACGAACUUCUUACAGGCUUUCUACAUUUUUGAUGGUGUCUUCAAUGAGGAAGGAUGCUUAACUAUGAUGGAUACCACAACAGAUGGAUUUGGAUUUAUGCUUGCCUUUGGAGAUCUUUGCUGGCUUCCGUUCUCUUACUCUUUGCAAGCACGUUACUUGUCCUUGGUUGAAGUAAACCUUCCAACUUGGGCAGCAAUUGGCAUUGUGUUGAUCAUGUUGCUUGGAUUCUGGAUCUUCAAGUCCUCUAACAAUCAAAAGUCGGCCUUCAGACAAGGAAAGCUACCACAAAUGAAAUUUAUUCAAACUGAUAGGAGUACUAAGCUUUUGGUUGAUGGAUGGUGGGGGAUGGCUCAGCAUAUUAACUAUUUCGGCGAUAUAUUGAUUGCAUCGAGCUGGUGUUUACCUACCGGUUUCAACACCCCGUUAACUUAUUUCUACGUUAUCUAUUUCACCUGCCUUCUUCUACACAGACAGAAAAGAGAUGAAGAAAAGUGUAGUGAUAAGUAUAAGAAAGACUGGCAACAAUACAAGAAACAAGUGCCUUGGAAAAUAGUGCCAUAUAUGUAUUGA